UCCCUCCUGUCUUUCAGACAGACUGUUUUUGCUGCAUUGAACGGUAGCCGUGGAGAGAGGGAAAACGCAAGAAAAACAAAGAAGCCGAAGAAGGAAGAUAAAAAAAAAAGUCAAUAUAGACAUAUCCAGAGAGACCUCAGAUCCAGCGCCAGCUAUCCUGCAUCACAAGGACCACUUCCAGACCAGAACCAACGGCGACAAAGAGUGCAGGACCCGGACUCCAGAGGCGUAUAUCGGUAAUACUCUGGUAACACCCCGGUGCUCCUCUGCCUACCCUCGUGAGGAUUCAUCGAGACGAACAAACAGAUCUGUGUGUCCAACCGACCAUGGCAUUCCCUUCUUACCCGGUCCCUGGUCUAUGGACUCUGAGCUUAUUGACACUACUGGCAGCCUCUGUUCAAAGCAACUUCAUCGUUUUUGACGAAGACCCCAUGCAGCCGGUGACCCAGGACGAGACGGUGUCAGUGGGCGGCACGGUGACCCUGACCUGCCGGGUGACAGAGAGCGACAACUCCUCCCUGCAGUGGUCCAACACGGCCCAGCAGACUCUGUACUUUGGAGAGAAGAGAGCUCUGAGAGAUAACCGUAUCCAGCUCCACCAGUCAACAGGCACAGAGUUGUCCAUCACCAUCGGAGACAUCCAGCUGUCAGACGAGGGGGAGUACACCUGCUCCAUCUUCACCAUGCCCGUCCGCACUGCCCGUGCCACCGUCACUGUGCUAGGUGUCCCUGGUAAGCCUCAGAUCUCUGGCUAUGAGGAUGCUGUGCAGGAAGGGGGCAAAGUCACCCUCACCUGCACCAGCUCCGGGAGCAAGCCUCCCGCCAAACUACACUGGUACAGGGACCAGAAGGAACUCACAGGUCGCCCUGAUGUGGUGGAGUCUAACCCUGGUGAGCCGACCUACACAGUGAUCAGUGAGCUGACUCUGACUGUGGGCCGAAGCGAUGAUAAUGCUCUGAUUGCCUGUGCUGUAGACCACCCUUCUCUGGCCCAUGGGGACAAAGGGAGCGAGCAACGCAUUAGAGUCCUGUUCACCCCAGACGUAACUAUCCAGCCUGAGAGUGAUCUGCCCAGAGAGGGAGGAAAGUUCCACCUGCAGUGCAUUGCCAACGGAAACCCCGAGCCUAUCUCGUACGUGUGGCAGAAGAAGGAUGGAGAGCUCCCCCCGCUGGCCAAGGUGGAUGGUAGUGUCCUGCGCUUUGAGAUGCUCAACAAAUCAGACAACGGCAUGUACCUUUGUCAGGCCGACAAUGGCAUCGGGAAGGUGCAGGGACAGUACACACUGUUGGUGCAAGAUGGUCCAGACAACAUUGCAGACCCCACUGCCAUGUCUACCUCUUCAGGAGUGGACCAUGCUGUGAUUGGAGGAGUGGUGGCGGUCAUCGUCUUCAUCCUGCUCUGUCUGCUCAUCGUCUUGGGCAGAUACCUCAUCAGACACAAAGGGACAUAUCUUACCCACGAGGCCAAGGGCUCCGAUGACGCUCCCGACGCCGACACGGCCAUCAUCAACGCCGAGGGCGGCCAUUCCGGAGCAGAGGACAAGAAGGAGUACUUCAUCUAGGGAGGGGUCGGGAGGGGGAGAGGAACGCCUCCAUUUGUCUUCACAAGCUUCAGUUCUUCACAGCAGCCAGAGGGGGAGGAGUAGGGGACAGACAGACAGGGAAAUGGUGAAAUAUAAGAUUCGCCAGUACUGAGACUGACAGGAAAAACAGAAAAGCUUCACCUGCAUUGAAAACAGUGCGAUUAUUUGCACUUAUAUACAUGACUUCCUCAUGUCCACUGACACACACACACACACACACACACACUAUGUGUUACGUGUCACUGACACACUGUUACACAUCCUGUUCAUGCUCACAUGAACAUACAAACAGGCACAUGUCCAUGGAACAGGAUCAUAGUAAUGCAAAGUAAUGUUCGAUUUCUUGAUUUAAGAGGAAAAACACAUUUUUUAUACAUGCAUAUACAGUACAUAUACAUGUUUCAUUAGCAUUCAACUGUCAGUGACACAAAUGCAAAAAUUGUACUCCACAUAUUAUUGCAAAAAUGUCAUUCCCAUUCCAGCGUGUUAUGCUGAAAUACAGUUUCUGAACCACCAAACGCUGUCCCCCACCCAUUUAUCCAUACCAUCCCUCCCACUCAUCUGUCUUUCAUUUUCCCUAUUGUCUUCUCUCUGUUCUAUCACUCCCCACAUAGACUACUACAGACCAGGACAGACUCUAUAUGACAUUCUUCUGUUCAGAAAUCUGUCUCAAAUCAAUCAACAACAACUGCUGUACAUAACCUCUCUCUCUUUCCCGUCUUUCUCUGUCACACACACACACACACACACACACAAACAAACAAACAGACCAAUACAACCCCUAUUCCCUACAUAGUGCACUACUUUUGACCAGGGUCCAUUGUAACAUGAAGGCAACAGAAUCUAAACACAUGACAAUACAAUGCAACAGGGGUUCUUGAAGUAUGAAUAUUACUAACAACAACAGAUGAAACUCAUUUUGGCCAAGGGAUCUGUGGAAUAAGUUUAGAGGGUGUAAUACAGUACAUGUAAUAAUAUGGACCCCCCCCCCCAAAUGUUUAUUUUUUAUUUGUACAUAAAUGCACUGUAAUUUAAGCUGUAAAACUGCUAAAUUCUCAUGUCAACGUUUGUAGAAUUGCAGGACAUUACGUUUAAAGCUGCAACAAACAAAGAUCUCUCUGCCCCAAUGAUGAAAUGUGUAGAAUUGCAAGAAAUUAGCUUGAAAACUUCGAUGUUUUCUCUCCGAUGCCAAGAGGUGGGCCUUUAAAAUGUUGCUUUCCAGGGCCCGAAAAAUGGUUUGGUCCAGUCAUGCACUGCCGAAGUAAAAGUCAUCGUAUGCUAUAUUUCUCUAACUCGAGUUGUGUUCUAAUUAUGAAUUUGCUAUCACAAAAGAGGUCCCCGGAUACAAUACAAUUCAACCCCUACACUACCACACAACACACCCCAUGCAAAAACAGCAUCCCUGUAUGGUCACAGUGCGGGAUUCCGAUAUAAAUAUAUAUAUAAUUAUAUAGCAUUCUUUUUACUCAGAAAACCAACAAAAAACGUUUGGUGUGCUGUAAAUACACUAUAAUUUCCUCUCUCUCUCUUUCUCGCUCCUCCUCUCUCUCUUUAUCUCCUCCUCCUCCUACCCUACAUCUCCUCCUCCUACUACCCUACAUCUCCUCCUCCUACCCUACAUCUCCCUCUGUCUGUUACUAACUGCCGUACAGUAUAUAAUCUAAAGUCUGCCUGUUUUUACUAAUGCUGAGGGAAAAAUAUCAAUAUCUCGGAAAAUGUGUGUUGCAAUGAAAACCUAAAAGUACUACAAAUAUUUGUAUGAAUUCCGUUUGGAUCCUUCUGUUUUGAUUGUUUUGUUCUGGUGUUUACUUACUGUCAGUGUUAACGGUUUUCAGUGUCUGUUGGUCAGUCCAGGAGUUCAUAUUGUUAUGAUUUAAUUAUGAUUAGUGAUUAUGAUGAUCUAUUUUCUUUAUUUCUGUUGUUAUCCCUGAGGGAUACUGUAGUAGCUCUAAUGAAUAUAAUUAUACCACAUCGCUUCUAUCCUGCUGCUGCAUUCUGGAAUGCUCUCUCUGGCCAACCACCAGCCACUAAACGCUUGCUAUAAUGACAUCACUUAAUGUAAGCGGCUAAUACAGUCACUGCACCUUUUAAAAUGACAUCAUUCCCUGCAAUCUAAUAAAAGAGUCCAGCCAGGCUUGCAGGCAGCAGUUAACCAGGGUACAGUUCAGUGGGCAGGGCACUCUCUCUGCUUCAGGCAUGCAUACUGACACUGAACUUCAUCUCUCUCUCUCUCUGUCUCCCUCUCUCUCUCUCUCUCUCUCUCUCUCUCUCUCUCUCUCUUUGUCCCUUAUCUCUCUCUCUCUGCCCCCCUCUCUCGGCCCCCUCUCUCUGUCCCCUCCUACCUCUCUCUAUAAUUAUCUGCACCCCCCCUCUCUCCAUCUCUCUGACCAUCCUUCCAUCUCUUUGACCUUUCUCUUAAUUGUCUCCCACACACACACUCAGAAAACACAUUUGAAUAACUUCAUAGCUAGCUAGAGCAUUACUAGAUUUGCUCGUUCAGCGAGCUAUUGUCUGAUGCGACCGGCCAGCGCGCCAGCCUGACGUCUGGACUGGACACCAGGGGUCCGUUCUGUUGCUGUUGUUAUAGAAUUGUUAAUUCCGUCUGUGGUAGUUUUGUACACCUAGGGAAUGAUCAGGGAUUGCUUCUAUCUCAUCCCCCAUUGCCAUUUUGCCACCGGGCUGUUGUGGAUGGGAAUAGCCAGAGGUAAUAUCUAUACCAUGGCUACUUCUGUGACUGCACGGCAGCAAAAUUGAGCCCUCUAUCCAGCUCUAUGCGAUCUCUAUGGGAGUAGGUAAUCUAGUGAGUCUGCUGUCGUAAUAAGCUACGGUAUACAGCCUCUCUGGGGAGAGAAAGAGAUGUCUGCAGACGAAAUGGGAGCGUGGUGUCAGUCACUCACAAUGUGUUCAUUUGGCUCGCUCACUUUCUUAAGAGAGGAGUUUCCAUUUGGUGAGUUGCAUUUUCUAAGUAGUCCCAGUCGUACGUAACCUUUGACCUUUCAACUGAUGAGGAGUUGGAACCAGGAAUGUCUGUCUACUUCACGGAAACGAAAGAUAAUAGUAGACCUACUUACUGGAUGUUUCCAACUGGACCUGUAUUUGCUCAUAUCUAUCGUCCUGUCCUAGCUCUAGAAGAUUGCAUGAAAUGUCUGCAUGAGAAAAGAAGGUGGAACACACUAUAGCUUUGACCAAAUGACAAGCCCCUAUAUGAGACGAUCAACCGACUGAUGGAAGUGUUUGACGGCUUGUCCAUAGAAUUAGAAUCAUUCUAGCCAUAUGGGCUUUCCCUACUCCCCAGUCUGCAGACAUCUAUUAUAUUCUAGAACACUCCACGCUUUGGAACGCAUUGCAUUUGUGUGCAGUUACAGCUUUCUGCCACCAGGUGUCAGUGACGAGCAGCUGUUUUUCUUGCUUUGGAACACACUGUCUUACCCCUAUCACCUGUCCACCUUUCUGCUCUCUUUUCUGCACCAUUGUUGGGGGAAUGCUCUUUCUCCACUGCUCUCUCUCUUCUUAUUUUGUAGUAUGUUAUCUUGAAGAAUAGAUUUAAAAAUGAUGUUUAUUUUUCAAAGAAAGGUGUGCAUACUUUUAAAUGUAUUACUUUCAAUUCAAUUGCUAAUCUUUUUUUUUCUUUUUUUAUAAAUAGAUGUUCAAUAUUUUAAGGUUAGAGGGUAGUUUGGCGUAUCUUAUUGUUUCGACAGUCCACCAUUUUUAUAUAAUUUCAUGUAUAUAGUGUUGCCUUUACUGGUUAUUUUUACAAGCACACUGAUACACACUCACACACACAUGUGCAUGAGGUACAUGUAGUCUGUGACUACAGUGUGUUUGUGCGUGCCUGUGUGUGUGUGCGUGCCUGUGUGUGUGUGUGUGUGUGUGUGUGUGUGUGUGUGUGUGUGUGUGUGUGUGUGUGUGUGUGUGAGUUUGUGUAUGAGUGUGUGGUGUGUAUAAUGAUUGACCCAAACAGACUCUGGAGACACUGGAUGCGUCCCAAAUGGCACCCUAUUCCCUAUGUACUGCACUACUUUUGACCAGGCCUCAUAGCCCUUCCCAUAGGGCUCUGAUCAAAAGUAGUGCACUAUAAUAGAAAAUAGGGUGCCAUUUGAGAACGUAGACACUAUCUGUGUUAUUUUCCACAAAAUAUUAUUUUAAUGACGAGUCUACUUUGUUAGCGUUCUUUUUGGAUGAUAAGUCUUCCCUUUGAAUAACUAUCCAUAUCACAUGGGAAUAGUGCUGUCAUGGAUGUUACCUAAUUUGUACUAUUGCUAAUGAUGUCAUCAAGGUGGGACUGCACUAUGGUGAUGAUGUCAUAAUGCCGAGUUCCGUCUCCGUUGGCUGUUCUGAUCGUUCAUACAGUAUUAGCUUUUUUGUUACUAUACCGAUUCAGUUGUUGACUUCAAAUAAACAUGCAUUUGGGUUAACUUCA